UUGUAUUUCUGUUUAUUUGAAGUUCCUAAGUGACACAAGUAAAGGGGGAUUGUAGUGAACUUUUAGUUGGCACGUCUCUAAAGUAAACCGUGACUGUGAAUCGGAAAAUGCCUCUAAAGCACGCUCCAGAUAUUGACAAAACGCCCUGUAAGACUUUCCAUAGGCCUGGAAAAAUUAGAAUCCCACAUCGGCAACAAAUAAUUACUAUCAAAGAUCCAAGUCCCCUCACCCCCACUGCUCCUAAUAUACCUCUGUCUCCUGGAAAAUCUCUGUCCAUGAAGAUAAUGAGGUCUCCUGGUGGACGCUCUGUUAAAAGACUGAAGGACAGGAGGGCAAAAAGCAGUGGAGAGAUGAGUUCUCAGACAGCAGAUGUAGAGAAUAAUGAUCCACAAUCAGAUAAUGGAACAAUAGACGAGAACAGUUCCCAAACAUAAGGAAAUAAGUCUAAUCAAUUGGUAUUGAACAGUGAUAAUGAAGAAAUAUCUGAGGAAAAAUUCUAGAGUUAACGAAAUGUUACACUGAAUGGCAAAGGAACUCAGAAAAUAUACAACAACAGCU